AUGGACUUAAAAGAAUUCCAUGAACUUGCAAAGAGAAGGGAAGAUAUUGAAAGAGAAAUAAAAGAAAAUAUGGAGUUUUUAGAAAAGCCUGAAAACAAAAACAUAGGUAUGGAUGGGAAAUUAAUAGAUUCGGAAGGUUUUCCAAGAAAUGAUAUAGACAUUUAUAGAAUUAGGAUUGCUAGGAAUAAAAUUAUUUGUUUAAGAAAUGAUUAUAUAGAUAUAAAUAAAAAAAUAGAAGAAUAUCUACACAAUAUUCAUAAUUCGCAUCCUGUGAUAAGAGUAGAGCGAAAUCGAAAUGUGCAAUACGAUGAACAAGAUAUUAAUGGGAACAUUAUAAACGAACCGAGGAUUAGCCAAGAUCAAAUAGAAGAAGCAAAAAAUAAUAUAUUUGCAAUGAUAGAUGAAAUUAUUGAAAAUUCUCCUGCUCACAAAGCAGGCCUACGAGUUAAUGAUUAUAUAUUUGAAUUUGGAGAUGUAAAAAGGAAAUCAGAAAAAGAGGAUAAUAAAAACGUAGAUAUAUUUAAAAAGAUUACAGAUUAUGUAAAAAAUAAUCCUUCUAAAAUUGAAGUAAAAAUAUUAAGAGAGGAAAAAGUAUUUUUUUAUUAUAUUUUUCCUGAUAAAACAGCUAAUGGGUUGUAUAUCGGAUGCCAUCUGACACCUACCAAAAAUGUAGCAAUGUUCAAAAGGUAA